AUGGUCGCCGCCGGCUUCUCGUCCCUCGCUCUUGCGCUCGCUGUCGCCACUGCUGCACGGCACAGCUCUGCUUCGCCCGUCCAGCUCUCUGCGCGCAACAACGGCGCCCCGUCGGCCGUGAUCGCGAACGGCACGGUCGAGGGCGUCGUCCUACCCUCCUUCAACCAGCACGCGUUCCUCGGCAUCCCCUACGCCCAGCCGCCGGUGGGCGACCUGCGCCUGCGCCGAGCCCGCUCGCGCGAGACGCCGUUCGAGGGCGGCAAGGUCGCUGCGACGAGCUACUCGCCCUUUUGCCCGGGCAUUGGCGCCGACGACUAUGGUUACGAGUUGUCCGAGGACUGCUUGACGCUCAACAUCGUCCGCCCAGCCGGCGUCGCCGAGGACGACAAGCUGCCUGUCGGCGUUUGGGUGCAUGGCGGGUCGUUCAGCAUGGGCGGCAGCGGCGACAUCCGGUACAACGGCAGCUACGUCGUGCAGCGCAGCGUCGAGAUGGACAAGCCGAUCAUGUUCGUCUCGGCCAACUACCGCGUGUCGUCGCUCGGCUUCAUGUCGUCGGACGAGCUGCGCGCCGAGGGCAACGUCAACCUGGGCCUGUACGACCUGCGGCUCGCGCUCGGCUGGCUGCAGGACAACCUCGAGGCGUUCGGCGGCGACCCGAGCAAGGUGACGUUCUGGGGCGAGAGCGCCGGCGCAGCCGCCAUCUCGUACGAGCUCCUGUCGUACGGCCUCACCUCGACCAACCUGUUCCGCGGCGCCAUCCUCGAGUCGGGCAGCCCGACCGGCCGCCCGCUCGCGACGGCCGACAUGAUCCAGCCCCGGUUCGAGCAGGUCGUCGCGAGCGCCGGCUGCAACGGCACGGCCGACGUCCUCGCGUGCCUGCGCGCGCUCCCGCUCGAGGCGUUCAACGCGUCGGCGUCGGCGUUCAGCUGGAACCCGGUCCUCGACGGCGGCAUCAUCCCCGAGUACUCGAGCGACUCGAUCCGCCGCAACGCGUUCGUCAAGGUCCCGCUCCUCAUUGGCACCAACACGGACGAGGGCACGGCGUUCGCGACCAAGGGCAUCGAGACGGACGACGAGCUCGCGGCGAGCCUCCAGGCGUACUACCCCAAGCUCACCAACUCGAGCACGGCCCGGCUCCUCGAGCUGUACCCGAACGACCCGAGCAAGGGCAGCCCGUUCGGGUCGGGGGACGGCCUCGUGUCGACCGGCGUCCAGGACAAGCGCAGCAACGCGCUCACUGGCGACCUACGCUACAUCGCCGGCAAGCGCCUGCUCGCCGAAAAGUACGCCGCCGCCGGCCAGCCCGUCUUCUCGUACCGGUUCAACCAACCUGCCGAAAACACGACGCUCGACAGUGGCGUGCCGCACUUCCAGGAGGUCGCCUACGUCUUUGGCGUGCCGUACAAGACGGCCAACACGCUCGGAACGCGCCCGGGCGACAAGGAGCUGUCGAGGCUCAUGAUGUCGCAGUGGGUCUCGUUCAUCCACGACGGCACGCCCAACAACCACGGCAUCGACGGCGCGCCCGAGUGGCCAGACUACCGCACGUCGCCGAGCAACUACGUCUACACGCGCCAGCAGUCGACGGUCGAGAAGGACGACUUUCGCGAGGCCGGCAUCGACUUUAUCAAGGGUCUCGGGUGGGAGCUCAGUGCGUAG